CCGUACACCAACAGCAACUCACCGCUCAGUCCAACUCAGGCUGUUUGCCAAGAAACGCAGCAACGUGGUUGGCCAUCAGGCAACGUUGUACAGAUACUCACCCGCAGCUGUGUUCUCGAACCCCCAGCUUCAUGCUCCCACCCCGCGUCAUCACCAAAGCGGGACCAAGACUCAAUCAACUCUCACAACAACUUUCAUCCAAAGCCAGCACUAGCCUACCGGUCAGUCCUCCGCUGUUCGCCACAAUGACGGAUCAAUCGAAAUGGAAAUUCAACCACACUAUGUUGCGGGUCAAAGACCCUUUGCGAUCUGUCGAGUACUACAAACUCCUGGGAUACAACCUCAUCAACAAAAUUGAGCAAAAAGAGGCCAAGUUUGACCUUUACUUCUUAGCCUAUGAUGGCCCUUCGUCGGCAUCGGCAGGAAACCACUGGACAGAUCGGGAGGGUGUGAUUGAGCUAACGCACAAUUAUGGCACCGAAUCUGAUGACUCUUAUACAAUUAACAACGGGAACAAAGAGCCUCACAAGGGCUUUGGUCACAUCUGCAUCAGCGUAGACAACAUUCAAGCGGCCUGUCAACGGAUUGAGGACGCAGGAUACAAGUUUCAGAAGAAACUUACCGAUGGACGGAUGAGACACAUUGCUUUUGCCAUUGAUCCUGACGGGUACUGGGUUGAAAUCAUCGGACAGAAGUCUCUGGAUGAGAGCAAAGAUGCAACCACCACCGACACGUCGUCUUACCGGUCCAACCACAGCAUGAUCCGAGUUAAGGAUGCAGAGAAGAGUGUGAAGUUCUACCAAGAGGUCAUGGGCAUGACCCUACUGCGCACCUCGGAGCAAAAGGAAGCGGGCUUCACCCUAUACUUCUUGGGAUAUCCCCGGGACUAUGGAACACCGUCUGAAAGUGGGUUGGCCAACGGCGUGAAUCCCUUGGCCUUGAAAGAAGGCCUGCUCGAACUGACUUGGAACCACGGGACUGAGAAAGAGGAAGGUAAGGUCUACCACAACGGCAACGAUCAGCCGCAAGGGUUCGGACACAUCUGUGUCUCGGUGGAUGAUUUGGACAAAGCCUGCGCUUUUCUCGAGGAGAAGAAGGUCAAUUGGAAGAAGCGAUUGACAGAUGGAAGAAUGAAGAACGUGGCCUUUGUGCUGGACCCAGACGACUACUGGAUCGAAGUGAUUCAGAAUGAGAAGCUCAAGAAAACCACCAACUGGUAAGAGCACAAAGAGGCGUGGCUGAGGCAGGUGCAAUGUACAGCGAGUGUUAUUGGCGCUAUGCACAAUACAUUGGUGUCAGCCUGGAACGUGCCUUCCUCUCUUGCCGCAUGGGACUCUGUCGCAGUCGUCGCUUCCUCCCACACCAAUGAGCAGCUUCCCCCUAUAGCGCGUGGUUGCGGUCGAUUGCGAAAAGGUCAGUCGAGUCAGUUCAACUUUGACACGUACGGAGUAUGCAGAGAAAAGAGUAAAAGCAUAUUCAGUUUUGGGACUCGCGUGACUGAAAGAGAUCAUCAUCUGUGCAUAUGCUCUGUACAGUAUUUGCAGC